AUGAAGAAGCUGGUGGCACAAAUCAACACGACGCUCGCUGGAUUACAGAGCAACGGUGCCAUCUCAAAAGCAGAACGACUGACCAUUAAACCAACAGAUUUGGCUAUGGCGAGAUUCUAUGGUCUGCCGAAAGUGCACAAACCUGCUGCUCCACUUCGACCUAUCGUAUCUUUGCGCGGAACGCCUACAUUCAACCUUGCAAAAUGGCUGUUCCGACGUCUGAACUGUCUCACAUCAGGCUCCGAUACAACGGUCCGCUCAGCCGUACAUUUCUUGGAAAGACUCCAGGGUCUACACCUUAAUGCAGACGAAGUCAUGGUAUCAUUUGAUGUUACCUCACUCUUCACAUCAAUUCCUCAGAGUCUAGCAAUUGAAACGGUCAGCGAUCUACUCGACAGUCAAUAUGACGACGAGGCCAAUAAGCUUAAACGAGGACACCUUAUCCAGAUGCUCCAUUUUUGCCUCAGGACCUAUUUCACCUUUGAAGGAACGGUCUAUGAACAAAUCAAAGGAACUCCAAUGGGUUCGCCGCUGUCUGGUUUCAUAGCUGAGGCGGUCCUUCAAAAGUUGGAGACGCUGGUGUUCGCAACCCACAGACCAAUAUUUUGGGCACGGUAUGUGGACGAUACCUUCGUCAUCCUCAAGCGGGAGAUGGUCUCCGAAUUUCACACGAUCCUGAACUAUGUUUUUCCGGACAUCCAGUUCACAAUGGAGACAGAAGUCAACAACCAGCUAGCGUUCCUAGACGUCCUGGUCCACCGCAAAACUAAUGGGAGCCUAAGAACGACGGUAUACAGAAAGGCCACCAACACACGUCAGGUCCUCAGUUACUACAGUAACCACCCGCUGUGCCAUAAACGUAGCUGUGUGCGGACUCUUUACAAGAGGGCGGAAACUCAUUGCAGCGAGGCAGCCGACAAAGUAGCCGAACUCCAUUAUCUUCGGCAGAUGUUCAUCUCCAACGGUUACCCUCGCAGUUUCAUCGAACGCAGCAGACAACCAAAGAAGGCUAUAAGGUCAACGAGAGAACAACCAACAGUGUGGCGGGCGCUACCGUAUAUUGAGAAUGUAUCCGAAGCAGUCGCUCGUCUGUUACAACCACUGGGGAUCGGCGUCGCCCACAGACCUGAAGCGACAAUAAGGCGUCUCGUCAUGAGACCCAAGGCCCCUCUGUCACGAGGCGAAACAGCGAAUGUCGUCUACCGUGUCCAGUGCAGUUGCUGUGAGGCGAACUACGUUGGAGAGACAGGAAAACGUCUACAAACCCGCAUGAGUUAG